CCGGCUCGCUCGCCAUCUUGGCUCCCGAUUCGGCGCGACGCGGCGGCGGCGGUAGGGGCGUGGGCGGUGAGAACCGAACCGCAGACCCCGCAGCAUGCAAGAUGGAGCACUACCGUAAAGCCGGCUCUGUGGAGCUCCCAGCACCGUCCCCGAUUCCCCAGCUGCCUCCCGAUACCCUCGAGAUGCGGGUUCGAGAUGGCAGCAAAAUCCGCAACCUGCUGGGGCUGGCGCUGGGCCGCUUAGAGGGUGGCAGCGCAAGGCACGUAGUCUUCUCAGGGUCUGGCCGGGCCGCAGGGAAGGCUGUCAGCUGUGCGGAGAUUGUGAAGCGGCGGGUCCCAGGCCUGCACCAGCUCACCAAGCUGCGAUUCCUGCAGACUGAGGACAGCUGGGUCCCAACCUCACCUGAUACCGGCCUAGACCCCCUCACAGUGCGCCGCCAUGUGCCUGCAGUGUGGGUACUGCUCAGCCGGGACCCCCUGGACCCUAAUGAGUGUGGCUAUCAGCCUCCAGGGGCACCUCCUGGUCUGGGCCCCAUACCCAGCUCCAGCUGUGGCCCCCGACCCCGAAGAAGAGCUCGAGACAACCGGUCCUGAAGAUCUGCUGAACUGGGCUGUUCUCCAGGCCCGAACGCCCCGUGACUGCUCAGCGUCCCCAGCAAAGCUCUGGCUCACAGAAGCGGGCCUCUUCCUGCUUCCCGUUCCCUCCGGCAUGUGGGAAGGGACUGCUAAUGAAGUGACAGGUGGACUGUCGUCUGCCAACGUCUAGAUUGCUCUGCCUUCUACUUACAGUGCGUCUAAUCUGUCUGUGACAGAGGUCCAGGGAGGGAGUCAGGGAAUAAAGGUUCUGCCCAUUUGUCUGAUGAGAA